AUGGAGAAUGUUCUCUCUUUUCUGAAUAGCCAUACUGAGUCAUGGCUGAGCUUUGGCUCAGCAUUCUUGGAUACAGAUCCUAACUUUACCUUUCUGAGUGCAGCAGGGUUGCUCUUUCUGCCCUUGUGCUACCUGUUGCUGAAACCAUGGUUACCAGCCCUCUGGAGAAACAAAGACAUCCAAAAGCAACAUCUCAGCACCAAAAGGAGGAGAACUAGAUCAUUGAGAGGUCAGAGAACUUGGCAGAGAGAAGCAGAUGAGGGGAAGAAAUUGCUUUCUGUUGUGAAAAGCCCCCUGGGUCAGCAACAUGACAUCACACACUUCCGACAACUGCUGUGUCCAGACCCCCUCUGUAAAGUGUGUAACAGCACAACAGCAAACAUCAGUCAUCUGCUCUCUCGGGCAUCCCUGGAAGAUGCUCCUCAUACUGUGUCUCGUUUGCCAUCCAUUGCCUCUGUGACAAAGUUAUCACUCACUCAGACAUCUGCCAUCUCUGCAAUUUCUGCAGGGCACACAAUUUCAGCCUCUUUAACUGAGCAUUCUCUGCCUCAACCCUGCACUCUCCCACCUUACCAGGUCGCCACUUCAGCAGACCCACAUUCACCCUCAACUCAAGGUGGCUCUGUGCCACCAGAGUCCAAUCCUCCCAGAUUCCCAGUGGACCAAUUCCCAUCAGAGCCACUUGCCAGUGCCUCAGGCCGACCACAUCACACUCAAGAAGAGGAAAGUGUUCUCCAACCAGAAGCCCCACUGUCCCUCAAUGAUAGCUCUAGUGAAUUGUCCAUUGGUGACCUCAGUUCAGUGGAGGCCUCCUUUGGGGGACACAGCACAACCUACCAGGUAGAACCUGGAUCCCUAAGGUUUCCCAGGUCUGCCAGCCCUGCUCUCAUUGAGAGAGAUAUUAAGAAGACAGAUGAUUUCCCGAUGUACAGUGAACGAGAAAAGGGAGGAGGAUCUUUUGUAAAACAACAUGAACCAGACCACCCACUGACUACUACAGAGAAAAGACCAGAGUCAGUUGCCAAUAAACAGCACUCUGAACCUCCCUAUCAUCUCUGGAGCAAUGAAGGCAAAGCAGAAGAGCUGCAUGUGACUCAUAAGCUUGCAGGUCCUCAGAAUUUGGAUCACGUAGAGCCAAAAUAUAGUGACUUCAGCCAUUCUCCAGGCCUGCUUAGACAGUCAUUGAAUCCUCUUGUCCAUACUGCAGGUGGUUGCUUCAGUACAAUAUCCAAUGUCUUCAAAGCCUAUGAAUCUCCAAUCUUCCCACACACACCUUUUCUCUCCUGCCCUGAGGUCUACCCUCAAUCCUUGCCCCAUAUUCUGCCCCAAUCCCAAGCCAGCCAUCUCCAUUUUGUACAGGCACAGGACCAGCUUCAUGCUCUAGCUCAGAAUAGAGUCACAGAAGUGUGUUUUUAUAGCACGCAGAAUGAGGUGCAGUCUCUCGUACUCUCUGAAGUUCACAAUGUAGACUGUAACAUGUUACAGGAAGUAGAAGAAAGUGUGCAGAGUUUACCCUCUAUGGUCCAAAAAACCCAGGAAGACACUAGUCCUCCAGCUCACAAGCUACCACUAGUCACUGAGUCCUCCAAAGCUCAUGUGCCCAUCUCCACCCAUCAUAAAGAGACUGCCUUCAACAGUGAGCAGACAAAGAAACUAGAGCAUCAUCUUCAUGGGAAGUUCGCCCAACAUCAGGGGGACUUGCCCCCCCGAGUUCUCAAGUCUCCCUUGAAAGUGUGUCCUCAGACACAAUGUUCUGUGACCUUUGAGUCAAAGGGUAGUCAUGGAAUCAAUAGAUGCUCUUUGCUUAAGGGCCAGAGAAUCAAAGAUUUCAAGAGUUUUUACUUUCGAAGCUUUCAUGACAGGAUCCAAGAAACGGUUCCCCUGAAGAAAGGAAUAGGGAAGAGACAGGAACAUAGCCCAGAGAUUGACUCCAAAGAUAAACUGUUGGGUCAUCCACAUAGGCAAACAGUCCUGGAAAGCCACCUGGAGAGGCUCACAGGGAAAACUUCACAGGCAUUAUGUGUGAGUUUAAGACAGAAACAACUUAUAAAAGCCUUAGAAGUACAUUUGUGCCAGAAAUUUGAGGAAAUCUAUAAGGGUCACACUCCUGACAUUGUACACAAAUCAAGGAAUUCUAUCAGUCCUAAACUUUCUUUACCUGAGGGAUCUCCCAAGCAAAUAAAAGACAGACAUCUGGCACAAUUGGAGGGUAAAGGUAAUUACCCAAAUAAAUCUCAAAAUAUUUCCUUCCUCAGUUACAGCAAACAAAAAAUGUUGGAAGACCAUAUUAAGACUUUUCAUAACAGAAUGAUGUGGGGCCUUCCACACAGGGUCCAGAAAUCUACAGAAAUCUUCAAUAUGAAAAGGGACCCAUCCCAGGCCCCUUUUGAUUCCCACUUUUCCUCCUCAGAUAAUAGUGUUUCUGGGCUGCAUCCUGAAAGUAGGGUCUACAAACCCCAUAAAGAAAGCUCUAAAGCUUUCCCAGCACACAAUGUGACAACACUAAAUUCAGUUUUGAAUGGGCCUUGCCUUGCUACUACACCUAUUGACAAGGAACGACGGGGACCUUCACCUCCUUCUAACAGCUACAAGCUUACUGGUAACAUCCAGACAGUGAAAGACAGCACACAGAUCUUUUUGAACUCCCAACACAACAACAUGGAAAAAGUAAGUCAGAAGCAGACUUUGCAAGCCAAAAGAAGCCCAAAGCUGCCCACACAGCUGGCUGUUGCAGGACCUAAGAUAAGGGAGAAGAUAAUGAGUUCUACCAGUGACAUGGAAAGGCAUCAGAGCAAAAUGGUGAAGUUAGACUAUUUCUCCAUGUGUAACAAGGCCAGGGGGACUGUCAAAGCACAGGAGCUCCAUGUUCCUCAAUCACAGUCCAGGACCAUCUUGAUGAGCAGGAAAUCAGAAUGUAUCACAGGGCGAGAUAUGAAUAUAAGGAAACCAGAAAUUUCCCUGGCCACUGAGAGACCUCCAGGAAGAACAGCAGUGCCCCAGGACGGCAAAUCAUCAGGCUUUAAAAGUCAGUUGCCUAGUGAGGUAAUGUUUGAAAUGGAGAGUGUGGACCAAAGCCGGGCUCAGGGUCUUCCUGCUGAUGUGUCACUCACCUCCAAUGACUUCAGUCCCAAGACCUUAUUCUAUCAGGACCAAAGUGCCCACUGUGAGAACAUGGUGACUUUACCAAAGGGACAGCCUCCUCCUGAAAAUCUUUUUAAAAAUAAGGUGAAAUGCUUUUUCCAAUGGCUUUGUCCUAGUAUGAAACACAGAGUGCAAGAACGCUCCAAGGGGAACACUGGUGCCCAAUCUUCCUGUGUUCACAACAGGAGCCAGCAGGGAGAGAGAGCUGGAUUGCCUGGGAACUACAGAGAUUGGAAACUCAGCAGAGUCUUUGCAAGGCUAUUUCGCCAGAAUUUGCAGGGAGAACGUUUUCUUCCUCCCAAAUAA